AGCCCAGUUUGCGCGUUAUGGGCAACCUGACACAGUGAUCUCUGAUAAUGGCCCGCAGUUUGCGUGUGAACAAUUCAGAAAGUUCGCAACAAACUGGGGUUUUGCCCAUGUCACAUCCUCCCCCCGUCAUCCAAAGUCAAACGGCAAGGCCGAGUCGGCAGUGAAAAUAGCGAAAUCACUCUGCAAGCGGGCAAAAGCAGAUGGCACAGAUGCAUGGAUGGCUAUCCUGCACUGGCGCAACACGCCCACAGAGGGGUUAGACAGCAGCCCCGCCCAACGCUUAAUGUCACGAAGGCUCAAGACCUCGCUGCCAGUUGCAGACAGCCUGCUACAGCCACAUGUGGUGGCCGACGUGGCAGAGAAGUUGCAGUGGAAAAGGCGGAUGGCGAAAUCCUCCUAUGACAAAACCGCCAGGGACCUCCCUGAGCUGAAUGUGGGAGAUCGGAUCAGGAUGAAACCACUGCCAGGUGAUCGCACAGGAAGAUGGCCGCUGGGCCAAUGCAUCCAGAAAGUUGCUCCUCGCUCAUUCGUAGUGGAUGUCAACGGCACACUUUAUAGGCGCAACCGUGUGGAUCUUCGAGCAGCAGAGCGCUCAGCGGAAGUACAACCGACCGGAAAGCCAAAGCCGCACAGUCCUGAACAGAGACAUAUGACUGGGAAGUCGGCCUCAGCCGAGACCGGGCAUGGGUCAGGCCAGGGCAAGCCAGAAGGAAUGGAAAUCGCACCCCCCACAAGCAGUUCGGCUCCUUGUGCCCCGAGUACACCGCCGGCUGGGCUGGGCCCUACACCGGAGAAGCACAGCGGCUCACCGGGCCAUGCGGUUUUCACACGUUGUGGCCGCCUCUCACGCCCGCCUCAAAGACUGGACUGGUGACCUACGAGACACAUGAGAACAUGGGUUCGACUAGGGUCUUGUAGGGAAAGA